AUGCCGUGCAGCACUUCUUCUGGCGCCUCAAGUCCGGGUCCAUCCUCAUAUGGCUCGGAUUUUGAUGAUAUCUGUACCCCUUUCACGGAAGGAUCUAUUCUCUUUGAUGAACAAGAUAUCGAGAUUGCAGUCCAGUGUUCGGCGAUAGAACAAUACAUACUUGUUGUGGGCGGGUGUGGCUUCAUCGGUUCACACACUGUAUGGGAGCUUGCAAAGGCUGGAUACAAUGUACCUAGUCCCUUUUCUAGUGUGUGGAAAGAAGCUGAUCUGAUGAAUACAGGUGGUUAUCGUAGAUAACCUUAGCAAUGCCUUCAGUUCCGUGUUCGAUCGAUUGGAAACAAUGGUAGCCGACCAUUAUGAUACCGUAAAGAUAGGUUACAGGCGACCGUCGCUCAAACUAUACGAAGCCGACUUCAGAGACACACAGCGAAUGACAACGAUCCUCGAGGCUUUCGAAAUCCCACCGAAGUUGCACCAGACGCCGCAGAAAUUUAGACGUCAGUCUCAGAUUUCUGGCGUGAUACACUUCGCAGCAUUCAAGGCCGUAGGAGAAAGCAUUCAGCAGCCUUUGAAGUACUACGCCAACAAUGUUGGCGGCCUGAUCGACUUCUGCAGCUUGUUAGGUGACUUUGGAAUCAAGAACUUCGUCUUCAGCUCUUCGGCGACCGUUUAUGGGACUGUUGCUGAUGUUGGAGUCCCACUGCGAGAGGAAUAUUGCAGCCAAGAAACAACGGUUUUUAUUGACGAAGACGGCCAGAAGAGGGUGGUGGAGUCGGGAUGCGCUGGCUUAACAAAUCCGUACGGCCGGACUAAAUGGAUGUGUGAAGCAAUCCUCAACGAUUUGGCGCAUAGUGACCCUGACUGGAUCAUCACAGCACUGCGAUACUUCAACCCAAUCGGAUGUGACGAAAGAGGGCUUCUUGGUGAAGAUCCGAGAGGUGCUGCAACAAAUUUGAUGCCUGUCGUCCUUCGAGUCGUCACUGGCGAGUCUCCUGCCCUAAACAUCUAUGGUGAUGAUUAUGACACGCCUGAUGGAACUGCCGUUCGUGAUUACAUUCACGUUACCGACCUGGCGUUGGGGCAUUUAGCUGCACUCAAAUCGCGCGUGGGUCGUGGUUUCCGAGUGUACAACCUGGGUACAGGUCAGGGCUAUUCGGUGCUUGAUGUGGUAAGGGCCAUGGAGCUGGCGUGCCAACGCAAGAUCCCGACCAAGAUGGUAGGCCGUCGCGAGGGCGAUGUAGGCAUGUGUAUCGCUCGAGCCGGACGGGCAGCCGAGGAGCUUGGAUGGCGGACUGAGAGAAGUCUGGAGACGUGCUGUCGAGACAUCUGGCGCUUUCUUGAACGUGUCGCCACCGAGCCCAAAUCAGUGAUCGCACAGUAA